AAGGUGGGUUCUUGGUUAGUGUUACCGGAUUAUCAGAGAAAAUCAUGGACCGAUCGAUAGUUACGCCGGUUAUCUCUGGUAAUUUGGUAAAGCAGCGGGUUGGAUUCUGUAAAACGGUGAGGAUUCUAUCGUGAAACGUAAAACUUAAAUGGGUCUCUAGUAAAGGCGCAGAUAUUGGGCCGAAAGCCCAGUCAAAGAUAGAAGGACAAAAGUGUAAUCUGACAAAAAUUUGACGAAUUUUGUGUGCGCUUUGAAAAAAAAAAGACGAAAUUUUUUAUCCCGCGUGAGAUGAAAAUUUUCAAAAAAUUUGCACACAGGUGAAAACUCUAAGACACGUGCGAGCUCGAAAAUUUUCAUUUUCAAUUAUAAAACCCGCCUAGAAGAAGAAGAUGGUCUCAAAUUUUUUUUGCCAGAUCGUUUCUCUCUCAAAAGCUCUUUUUCCCCUUUGUCCCCUUCUCCACUUUACUAUUCACGAAGCCGGUCGGAGCUUUCACGAAGGUAUCUAUCGAAGAUUCAUUUAGAGGUGCUGAAUCAAAAUGCCGGAAGCAAGAGAUAGAAUAGAAAGACCAGUUGAUUACCCAGCCGCGUUUCUCAACAGACGCUCGAAUGGCAUUUUAAUUGACGAACCAGCAGCUACACAUCACCAUUUGUUUGGUUCUCCGGUUCAGAGAGUGCCGUCGGAGGCUACAGGACUUGGGUCGAUUGGUCAAGGAUCUUUGAUGGGAAGAGAUGGGCUUGUCAGGGGUAAUUUCGGUAUUCGACGGACUGCUGGUGGUGGUAGAAGAGGUCAGAUUCAAUUUAGAUCGCCACAGGGACGAGAGAACACUAGCUUGGGUGUUACUAGGCGUGGAAGGGCUCGUGCCUCAACUUCUGUGUUACCUUCCUGGUAUCCAAGAACCCCACUCCGUGAUGUUUCCGCUGUUGUUAGGGCUAUUGAGAGAAGGAGAGCUCGUAUGGGAGAAGGCGUUGGCCGAGAUAUUGAGACUCCAACUCCACAACAGCUUGGGGUUCUUGAUUCUCUAGUACCAUUGUCGGGUGCUCAGCUCGAGCAUGACUACUCUAUGGUCACUCCUGGCCCAUCGGUUGGGUUCAAGCGUCCCUGGCCACCCUCAACUGCUAAAGUCCAUCAGAUUCUGCUUGAUAUCACUAGAGAGAAUACAGGGGAAGAAGAUGCCCUCACUCCACAGAAGAAGCUCCUCAACUCUAUUGAUAAAGUCGAGAAGGUUGUGAUGGAAGAGAUUCAGAAAAUGAAGAGCACUCCUAGUGCUAAGAGAGCAGAAAGGGAGAAAAGGGUUCGGACGCUAAUGUCGAUGCGAUGAUGAUAUUGACUUUUAGGAAUCAGGUAUGCCUGCACAGUGAGUACAUCAUCUCCUGAUGAUAUAAAAGAGUGGUAGAUCAUCUACUCUGAUGAUAUCUUACUAGAAAGGGGUCAAUCAUCACUCUGAUGAUAUAUAGCAGGGAGCUUCUAUCAUUUUUCUGAUGAUAAGACAUAGUAAGAGAUUCAUCUUCUGAUGAUAAUAUCAUAGGAGGAGAUAACUGUUAGAUAGUUCACGGAUUUAUGUUGGGAACCUUUUUUGCUUUUAGGCUUUUUGUAAUUUCCCUCAGUAGAGAUGUAUGAUGAUGUCUUCUUAAUUCAAGUAAAACAGAUUGUAUAGACGUUUCCAAUUUUGUU